ACCAUCGUGUAUUCAAUUGCUUCGCUUUCAACGAGUGAGCAUCGCAUAAUGCCUCUGAUUUAAACGAAAAUUCAAGUGCUAAAUUAGCAGCAUGCUUUAACUAACUUAUUUUCUAUUGGCAAUCUUCGUCGACUUAAAAAAAACAUUACAAUAUAGUUGCAAACUCGAUCAUACAUACAAAAUUUGGAUAUACAUCCUUUGAACUCGACUCACGGCAGAACAAUGAAGCUACUCGCUUGUGUGAGCUUUUUGGCCAUAUUCGCAUCCGCAUAUGCUUUACCUCCAUUUCUGACGGUGCUUUAUGCAAACAUAGUUCCAUCUGGCUGGAGCCCUAUAUUCUUGGGACAUAAAAUAGCUCUGGCCUUAACUCCCUGCGAUCCCAAAAACCAUCCAUCUUCUUUUAACUAUCAAUCUGAUUCCGAAUGCUUAAAAAGGUGUUCCGGUCAUUGCCUAAGUUGCAACGGAACGUGCAUUUUUGGAAGCCAAUGUGUAUGCGCAGCAUCGAUAUAUUGCGUGUAUGAUCCCAAUAAUCCUUUGACACAAUCAUGUCAACCUAUUGAGAAUUUUACCAAACCCGAUUGGAAAUUCAUACAGACCGAUUGAUAAUGGCCAGCUUUGUUGAUAACACCAGUGUUAAAUUGUUCGUUGA